CCAACUCAAUACAUUUUUUCAUAAUCAUAACAGAGCAUAUCUCGUGGUAAGUAAUUUUGCAAAAACAACGGAAAAACGGGCGGAAUCAUGUCCCGUCCGAUUUCAUUUGUUACUGGAAAUGCUAAGAAGCUUGAAGAAGUUCGUGCAAUAUUAGGAAACAAAUUUCCCCGUGAAAUAAUUGCUGUCAAGCUAGAUUUGCCCGAGCUACAGGGAGAAGUAGAAGAUAUUUGCCGAAAGAAAUGUUUGGAGGCUGCCAGACGCGUUCAAGGGCCCGUGCUAGUGGAAGACACGUGUCUAUGCUUCAAUGCACUGAAAGGAUUGCCAGGACCAUACAUAAAGUGGUUUUUGGAUAAAUUACAACCGGAAGGGCUGCAUAAACUACUGGAUGGAUGGGAAGAUAAAUCUGCGCAAGCCGUGUGCACAUUUGCCUACGCGCCAGAUGCAAAUGGGGAAGUGAUGCUCUUUCAAGGCUGCACUGAAGGCGAUAUUGUGUUUCCUCGAGGCAGCCGCGAGUUUGGCUGGGAUCCAAUUUUCCAACCGAAGGGCUAUGACAAAACCUAUGCCGAACUGCCCAAGGAGCAUAAGAAUGAAAUUUCUCAUCGGUUUAGAGCAUUGGAUAAAGUUAGAGACUAUUUCAAUUCGGAUGCACUGUAGUAAGUUAUAACAAAACAUUUGUUCAAUAUAAAUUUUCGAGAAGGUAAACUUGGAAAUGGAUUCUUAUUCUACAAUCUGGAAGUUCUAGCCAAUUCUACAAUUUCUGAAUUCUAGCCAAAUAUUUGAAAAGGGUUUGACUACAAAAUGUAAGCAACCCCAUAUCCGACCCGUUUCGGUGACGGUUCAGUACCGUGCACGGGCGCCAAUAUGCUUUCAUACAAUGAAAAUGCGAGCAUUCACACUUGUCCGGGACGGUUCCGUGCCGGACAAGAGUGAAUGCUCGCAUUUGAUUUGUAUGAAAGAGUAUUGGUGUCCGUGUACGGAGCUGAACCGGCACUGGAGCGGAUCGGAUAGGUGUAAGUAGUAGUAGUUAAAUCGGUUUGCGUCGCCACAAUCGGCCGACUAUGCCAUCAAUUAAUCGGGAUAUUGUUGCACCGACUCUUGUGGGUAUUUAGCAUACGCGUUUGCCGACGUGACAACCGAUUAAAUAUGAAAUUUGUUGAAACGGUCUGGAACCAGAUUUACACAGGUUAAAACUGGCGAUUAAUAUGGUGACGAAAAUUGUUCACCGACGAAACCCAACUUAU